CUGGGGCACUGAUACUAGGUGAUAUAGAGAGAGAAGAGAGCGUGCAAAGCUACUUACUGUUUUCCAGUGUGGGGAAGAGGUAACAAUCAGAGAGACAGCGGAGGAGGGCAAGUGCAGAAUGACGAUGUUCAAGUUUGCUGUAGUCCUAUUUUUUGCUAUCCUAGCAACAUCCACCUGCAAAAGGGAUAAAUGUCUGGAGGGGGGGACUCACAAGCAUAGACCAAGCCCUGAGCUGGACAUGCAUGAAUGCACACUGUACUCUGAAUCUUCCUGUUGCUAUGCAAACUUCACAGAGCAGUUGGCUCAUUCACCAGUAAUUCAAGUAAGCAACAGCUACUGGAACAGAUGUGGGAAUCUCAGUAAAUCCUGUGAGGAUUACAUGAAGAAAAUUGAAUGCUUUUACCGGUGCUCCCCACAUGCCGCUCACUGGAUCAAUCCCAACUACACUGCUGGUAUUGAGUUUGUUCCUUUGUGCCAAAACUUCUGUGAUGACUGGUAUGAAGCAUGUAAAAAUGAUGCCACCUGCAUCCACAACUGGCUGACAGAUUGGGAAUGGGAUGAAAAUGGAGAGAACCACUGUAAAAACGAAUGCAUCCCCUACAAUAAGGUGUAUGCAAAUGGGACUGACAUGUGCCAAAGCAUGUGGGGGGACUCGUUUAAGGUGAGCGAAUCCUCCUGCCUCUGCUUGCAAAUGAACGAGAAGGAUGCGGUGGCGAUCAAGUAUUUAACUUCCGAAAGCUCGGAGGAGAGUUCCAGCGUCAGUAGCAGCGAGGAGCGCGCCUGCAGACGUAAACUGCGAAAGACUGAGCUCCUAACGGAAGAGGAAAGGGGGGAAACAGAGGUGUUUGAAAUUCUGUGACAGAAGGGACCUGGUUCUAAUCCUCCCUGAAGAUCACCAGACUGAUGCCUCAGGAUGUCACAGAGAAUGUUCUGUUUCCAUUCUCCACCGCCAAUACUAUUGCCAAAGCUAGACCAAAAUCUGUACUAAUUGUAAGGGGACAUUAUCCUGAUAAUAGUGGAUCAAAUUCUGCCCUUGGUUACACUGGUGCAAUCUCUUUGAUGCUGGAAAAGUGCCAUGGAUCUGUCUGGUUUUCUAAGUCACCUAUCACAGUGAUGUCACCAGUGUAAUGCAAAGGAGGAUUUGGUGUCAGCGGGCCAGAUUCUUGGUUGGUGUAAAUCAGAGGUAUGCUGAUUUACACCAGGUGAAGAUCUGGGCCCUCGCUUUUAAAAUGUCGUGGCUCAUAUUAGCAAUAAAAUGAAGCAUUUUAAAAAUCCAACAUGCUUAUCCUCCGGCUAUGUGUUUACUUUCUGGGUGUCACACAGCUAGACUGAUCAGGGACCCUUUCUGCUUCCUAUCCCCUUGAUUGUUUCUUUAAUGAUGAAAUCAUUCCUACCAGCAUGAGAUUAUUUUGAAGCCAUUUUUACAAAGUCUGCAUUUUGGCCCAAAUCAACUUGUCAGCAUCUGUUUCAGUAGCGAGGGAAAGAAGUUGGACUUCAGCUACCUCCUGCCAAACGUUCCCUCACGAGAUUGCGACAGUCUGCCAUCCCAUGCUCUUCCCCGCUGCUGAAGCACUUAUCCGAACCUUGAACAUAUCCACCUGAGCCCCAACAAACAGUGUCUCUCUGGCCUCCCUGCUUAUCUCGCCUCAGUUCCAAAAGCCCAGCAAACAUGUCCUUUCUCUCUCUCCUCCAUCGCUGUCACCAUAUCUAUAGCUCUACCCCCACCCCACUAGCUUCCGUCACCUUCUGCAUUAAAUGCAAGCUUCAGCACCACUCCUCCCCGGUCUGCAUCUCUGCUCUCCUUUUCUCUUCAUUCCCCUCCACUGCCUUUGCUCUGGCCAUAGCCAGUUCCCCCUCACAACCAAUACAAAUACACCCUUCUGCCAUCCUCAGCUUCUUGCCUUCUCCUACCUUGUCCCUUAGUCCCAGAACAGUCUUCCUCUUCUCAUAUGCUCAUCUGCCACCUUCAUUCACAUCCCUCCUUAAAACACUACUUCAGUGGGGCCUUUCAACGACACGCCACUUAUCCCUAGAGCUUGGAUACUGCCAGUGCGGGACCCAUGCUCCCCUAAGAACUGCCUUCUCUAUCCAUUGUAUACUGUGUCUGAACCACCCCACUUCCUUCCCUGCUCUUGAAGGCCUUGACAUCUUAUGGGGGUAUUGAUGUAGGCUAUAUUGUAAGCCUCCUGGUGAAGGCACAACAUACUUGUAUUCAUCUGUGAAGUGUCAUGCACACCUACAACACAAUAGAUCACAAUUACAACAGCAGGAAACAUUCAAGCUAAUGGGCAAACUCGUUCUAGCGCUCUAAGUUUCACAGCUUUGUGUAUUAAAUGACCAACAUUAUUUUGACUGUACAUUAUAAUAAUAAUAAUUAAUUAAUAAAUAACAAAGUACUGAAGCUCUAUAUUCAUUUGAAGGACAUAUACAAUCAACAGAAGUGAAGUAAAAAUAUAUAAAAAAUGUGCAGGAAGGAAAUUUCAAAUGUUUUAGGUUGUUGAAUGCCUCUAUAUUACCUUUCCAACAAAUAGGAAACCAAUUCAGCGUUCCCACAUUGCACCAGUUAAACCAAAGCAUUGUGGGAUGUUUAUCCCAUUCCCUAGUAGAUGUUGUUUAACAUCCUCCUUGUUUACUAAUGAACUGGAAAGUAUUUCAUCAUCCUCACAUGAUACAAGCACCUCGUCCUGCUUCUUUCCAAAUAUACCACAGAAAUAUCUACGAAUACUUCUGUCUUUUCUGCAUCAUUAUUAACAAUGUUACCAUCUCCAUCUAGUAAUGAGUCUAUACAAUUGCUAGGAUUUCUUUUGUUCCUAAUAUACUUAAGAAAUUCCUUCUUAUUAACCUUAGCCUUGCCAGCCACGGAUUUUUUCCUGUUGUCUUUAGCUUCCCUUGUCUUUUUUACACUUCAUCAGUUCUAAUUUAUAUUGGUUGCUAUCUACUUUUCCUUUUUUAAUAGUUAUGUUAAUAGAGAUCAGUAAUGAUAGUCAUUUGACUUUCUCUUGCACCAUUUAUCCGUGGUGCUCAUAGCACUUUGCAAACAUUAAUUAAUUCUCAGAAUGCCCUGAGGCACUCGGAGGUUAAGUGACUUACCUGAGGUCACACAGAGUCAGUACACAGUUAGGACAAGAACCCAAAAGUACGAAUUCCGGUCCCUCAUUCCUCCCUGAGAAUUAGCUAGUACUUGUAAGGUGCUCUGUGAUUCUAGGAUGAACGUUCCUAUAUAAACGUUAUUGCAGAUAAGUUACAGAGGGAUGUUCAUACUGAGAAAAUCUUUAUGAAACAAAUGUGAAAUUUAGAUAAAUUAAUUUUAAGUGUGAAACACCCCAAUUUUCCUUUUAUAUUUUGACAGCUACAAAAGAUAUUUGUGUCUUAAAAGAGUAUCUCCCAUCCAGCCCAUUCUUUCUCUCUUAUUUACCUAUUCAUUGAGGUCAUAAUGCUGAAUGUAUGACAUCACAAUCAUAUCUCAGACUGUGAAGUCUUACAUACGGGUUUGUGAUGAUAUGACAGUGGCAAGCCGGAAGUAAAGCAAACUGGUGAUGAAGGAACGGAUCUUCUACAAACUUAAUAAGGGAACAGAAAAAAUUAUCAAUCAUCUCUAUUCCUUUUAGCUGAAACGUUAAUGUUUGUCAAGUUUCAGUCAAUAUGAAGCUGUCUCUUUCAAAGCGCCGAUAUAGGCAGAACCCCAGAUGUCCCGACUACUGCAGGAAAUAUUCCCAGGCCUGCCCACUAUCCUGCAAACAUAGUACUACUGCUCCCUCAUGGAAGUCAUAACAUAUCCCACGCUGUAAUUCAAUGCCAUUUCCACAGGUACCCCAUGCGGAAGGCGCUAAUUUUGGAAAUGACAUUUCUGUACAGGUGGCCUUCUGGCGUGCGGUGGAUACCAGGCAGAUUCUCACUCUAUCUAAUCAUGUGUGGCACACAAUCCUAUUGUUGAUUCUCUCCUCAGUGAAACAAAUGUACAAACUGUGCACUGAAGGUGCACAACCUUGGCAUACUACUAAAUACUAUGGAAUAAAUGGAAUAGAAAGAU